CAGUGGAAUAUUGGGUGAUGAAGACAGACUACGUCAGCUACGCCAUUACGUAUAGUUGUCACAUGCAAAGGCCGGACGGGACCUGUAGGAGUGACAAGACAAUGCUUUGGGUGCUAUCGCGUACUCCAACACUAAGCGAUGAUGUCAGAAGUCAGCUUGACGACGACAUCAGAGAUCUAUGUGUUGAUCCAGACAUUGUUAUUGACUCAGAAGAUCCAUGCCAACCAGAGACAACCGAUAUGCUCGUAGUUGAAGAAGAAGAAGAAGAAGAAGAUGUCGACGAUGUUCCAAAAUGCACGCAACACGCUCGUACGGUGACACGAAGAAUGAACAGAGCCAAAUCAAUGGGAACGCAAAUUGCUGAUUUGACCUUGCCGCGCUGUGAUGAGAAUGGGAACUACAGACGAAAACAGUGUAAUCCGUUCUUGUGA